AUGAUAAAUAAUGAGACAGAUUAUAAUAAUAAUGAAGAAGAUAUUGAUAUGGAAUCAUUAGAAUCAAAAUCUGUGAGUAUUGAAAGUGCCAAAGAAACUCUAUUCGAAUUUUUAAAGGGUGUAAUUAAAAAUGGUUGGUUAAGAAUAAUUCAACAUUUAUUUUAUGAUCAACAAUAUCGUAGAGUUUUAACAAAGAAACUUUCAAGUAAUAAUUCAAUUUACACUCAAACAGAAUUAUCUUUAUUAUUGAGACAUGCUAUUAGUUGGGAUCAAUUUUAUAUUGCCGAAUUCUUUGUUGAUCAAAUGGGUUUAAAAUAA